AUGUUUGAGCUUAAAGCUAACGCCAUCGGUUAUCUUAACUUUGCUGCGUUUGUUCGCGACGGCAGUGAUUGGAUAGAUGGGGAGCCUCUUACAACUGUGGGAAGCAAGAGGGAGCUUUUGGAGGCCCUUGCAAAGUUUGCUCCAAAUGUGCAAGCCUUGGUUGAAACACUUCCAGAAGAAAUGAGUGUUUGGGCGCUUUUUGAUACAUUGGACCAUCCACUUCACACUUUUGCGGAUGGUGGCAUCGUUCUUGUCGGAGAUGCUGCUCAUGCUUCAACACCCCACUUUGGCGUGGGCGCCGGGAUAGGGGUAGAAGAUGCAUUGGCAUUGGCGACCGUUCUUGAGUGUGCGGUGACAGCUAUCAAGACAAAACAGGUUCGAGCUCACGCAGCUCUGACAGCCGCCUUCAAGGCCUUCGACUCUGUUCGUCGGGAGCGCUCACAAUGGGUUGUCACCAACAGCCGUUAUCAGGGUAAGGCUUCUAAAUGGCUUGCGCCUGAUGCUGGCCCAAACUUGGAAACUUUCAUGCGAGACACACAGAGCCGAUACGACAAGAUUAUUCUGUAUGACUGGAAGAACAUGCUUCGGCAGGUGAACUGCGAAUUUGAACAGCGUCUUUCAGGUGACUCCUAA